AAACUCACUGUCCAGGUUUCAGAAAUAUGCCCGAUCUGAUCCUUUUCUGCCUUGUUUUUUCUUUUAAAUUUGGCACCGCGCCCCUUCUCCAUCUAUAAAGCCCCAUUACGUUUCUCCUCGAAAUCGUUGCUUCUUUGUUCGUCUCCUCAGAGUCAUGGCUUGUUUCUGCAACAAAUCCAUGGCUCUGUGCCUUGUCCUAACCAUUUGCCUUCUGGGCUCGAGUUUUGCAGAGCUCCAGAGGUUCGAGCACCCCGCAAACGGUGAUGGGUCGCUGAGCUUUUUGGUCAUCGGAGACUGGGGGAGAAGAGGAGCUUACAACCAAUCUGAAGUUGCUUUUCAGAUGGGAAGGAUCGGAGAGAAACUGAACAUUAAUUUUGUAGUCUCCACCGGAGAUGAUUUUUAUGACAAUGGCUUGACCGGAGAGAAUGAUCCCGCCUUUGAGGAGUCAUUUUCCAAAAUCUACACUGCCAAGAGCCUCCAAAAGCAGUGGUAUAGUGUUUUGGGCAACCAUGAUUACAGAGGUGAUGUGAAGGCCCAAUUGAGCCCAGUCCUCAAGAAGCUAGACAGCAGAUGGCUGUGCUUGAGGUCUUUUGUUCUUAAUGCAGAAAUUGCUGAAUUCUUCUUUGUUGACACAAACCCAUUCGUGGACGCUUACUUUGAAAACCCAAAGGGCCAUAGCUACGAUUGGAGAGGUGUUCUCCCUAGAGAGAAGUACCUGGCCAACCUUCUCAAGGAUAUAGAGAGUGCACUGAGAGAGUCGAGAGCGAAAUGGAAGAUCGUGGUGGGUCACCAUGCGAUCAGAACUGUUGGGCACCACGGCGACACCCGAGAGCUUGUGAAGCAGCUUCUCCCAAUCCUUAAGGCCAAUGACGUCGAUCUGUACAUCAAUGGACAUGACCAUUGUCUGGAGCACAUCAGUGAUGCCAACAGUCCUAUCCAGUUCUUAACAAGUGGGGCGGGUUCCAAGGCAUGGAGAGGAGAUGUGAAGACGUUGAACCGAGAAGUAGUGAAAUUUUUCUACGAUGGACAGGGCUUCAUGUCUGUGCAGCUUACUCAAACCAACGCCGAGAUUUUGUUCUAUGAUGUUGCCGGAAAGGUGCUGCACAGAUGGAAUGCACCCAAGCAGCAGCUCUACUCCGCCAUCUAGACUUGUAUUUGUUUUAGCCUUUUUUCUUUGGUAGGCUAAUCCGACCCGUUUAAGGUCGUCAGUAUUAGAUAUGUUUAUAAUCGGCUCUUGUCCAAUCCGAUUGUAGCCCUGUUACCUAGGCACUAGGUAUUGUCUGCAUGGCCUCAUGUGACCUUUUUUUUGUUGUUUCCACCGACCACUGUCCACUGCCAGCCCCUCUGAACCCCUGAAUCCGAGUUCACAAGGCGCGCCCCACGGGAGAUGUUCGCAGUGCAGGCUGAGAUGUGCAUGUAGGGCGCUGAUGUGAUUUCAGUGUCCUCGUGCCAUUCAGGAAUUGAUGCCUAUACAGUUCGAAUACUAUUCCGUCUCUAAAGGGUAAUAGCGUUGGGAUCUGCGAGAUCGGUUUCAGUCAGAGAAAAAUCCGUUCGAACAGUGUUCGAACAGCCUUUAUAGCCUUGCAUCCGGAAUAUCUCCGUACUUUUAUAUUUUAUUUUAUGAGGAGAUAUUCUCAACGCAAGACUCUGAUGGCUAUUUGAAUGGACUUUGCUCCCACUGAAUCCUGUUUCGAGAUCUUCUGCUACCAAUUAAACACUUCUAAUACCAUUCCAAUGA